AGGGAAGGUGGGUGUGAGCGGCGCGGCCGGGGGCGGGACGGGGAGGCGCGGCCCUGGCCGAGGCCCGGCUUCUUCCGCCGCUUGCUGCUGCUGUCGCCGCUGCCUGCGUGUCGGGGAGAAGCCCUAAGUAACAGAUGCGGGUAAAAGAUCCAUCGAGGGCUAACCCUGAAAAAAACAAGAGAAACAAAAGGCGUAAGAGGCAUCAGGAUGAAGGCUCUUCAGAUGACAUUGCAGGUUUAACCUGCCAACAUGUAAACCAAGCAGUGGAUGUGCAUCAUGUGAAGAGGGCAGUAGCUCAGAAUGUUUGGUCAAUAUGUUCAGAAUGUUUAAAAGAAAGGAGAAUAAAUGAUGGCGACCCAGUAAUUCCUUCUGACAUAUGGCUGUGCCUCAAAUGUGGCUCUCAGGGUUGUAGUCAAAACUCAGAAGGCCAGCAUUCUCUGAAACAUUUCCAAACUGCUCGCACAGAACCUCAUUGCAUUGUAAUCAAUAUCAGCACAUGGAUCAUAUGGUGUUAUGAAUGUGAUGAAGAGCUGUCAACACACUGCAACAAGAAGGUUUUGGCUCAGAUAGUUGACUUUCUUCAGAAACAUGUUACUAGGAUUGAACCAAGUUCAUCAUCAAAAAUUAUACGACUUGGCGAAGAAAAUAGUGAAGGAAGUGAAAUAUUGAAAGGAAAAAGUUCUGCAAAUAGCACGUCGGUUCCAGUUAAGGGAAUAAAUAAUUUAGGAAAUACAUGUUUUUUUAAUGCUGUCAUGCAGAAUCUGGCACAGACUCACAUGUUAAAUGAACUAAUGUAUGAGAUGAAGGAAAAGGGAAUAAAGUUAAAAAUCAGUCAAGCUGAAGAUGCGCAAUUGGAUCCUUUGGUGGUGAACCUCUCAAGCCCUGGACCAUUGACUUCAGCCAUGUUCUUGUUCCUUCACAGUAUGAGGGAAACUGAUAAAGGCCCUCUUUCUCCCAAAGUUUUGUUCAGCCAGCUCUGUCAAAAGGCCCCUCGGUUUAAAGGGUUCCAACAGCAGGAUAGCCAAGAACUUCUCCAUUAUUUGUUGGAUGCAAUGAGAAUAGAAGAAACAAAGCGUAUACAAGCUGGUAUCUUAAAAGCAUUCAACAAUCCAACAACUAAAACUGCAGAUGAGGAAACUAAAAGAAAAGUUAAAGCAUAUGGAAGAGAGGGUGUGAAGACGAACUUCAUAGACAGGAUCUUUGUUGGUGAAUUGACUAGCACUGUCAUGUGUGAGGAAUGUGAAAAUAUUUCCACAGUAAAGGAACCUUUCAUUGAUCUUUCACUUCCUAUAAUAGAGGAGAGGGUCUCAAAACCUGUGCCUUUGGGAAGGACAAGUAAAUGUAAAAAUGUACAAGAGGCAGAUCUUGGUCAGUUCAACUGCUCUUCUAUUACUGCGCCAAAUAAUCAACAACCAAAAAUCACCAGGAGACAUUCUUUAACAAAAGAUAAGAAUCAGUUAAAUCAUGAAAGAAGUCUUGCCAGGAAAUCUUCCUCUGGGGAGGAGGAGAGAAGUCCAGUUAUCAUGCAUGAAAAAAGAAAGCUUGAAGUAGAAGGUGGUUCUGGAGUUUUGUAUUCUGAGGCCAUAAAUACAGCUACUGAAUCCACAGCAAAUGGAAGUCCGACUGAAGGCAGUGAAAAAGAAGUCAGCCGUUCUGAAAGUAGCGUUGAUGCAGACAGCGAAGCCUCAGAAGGUGAAAGCGCUGCUAAGCAAGAAGUUACUGGUAGAUCUAGUAACGCGUCUGGUUUGCAUGUUGACGGGCUUAACCACUUAGUAAACGUUAGACUGCCACACAGCAAACCAAGUGACAGUAAUAAUGAGAUGAUCACCAGUGCCAUAGCCAAGCUUAGCUUCAACAGUAUUGUAAAUGAAAGCGAAGAACCCAUCAGUGGGGAUCCAUCAUUAAGUCUGUCAAACAAUUCAGUGUUUUCAGUGGAAAAGUCCCCUUUGUCCCAAAGCCCUCAAAAUGCUUUUCAGACCCUUUCUCAAAGUUAUAUAACUAGCUCUAAAGAAUGUUCUGUUCAGUCCUGCCUCUAUCAGUUUACAUCCGUGGAGCUGUUAAUGGGGAACAACAAGCUUUUAUGUGAGAAUUGUACAGAAAGGAAACAGAAGUAUCAAAAGAAAACUCACACCACAGAAAAGAAAACCGAAGGCUUAUACACUAAUGCCCGGAAGCAACUGCUGAUUUCUGCGGUUCCUGCCAUUCUUGUUCUCCAUCUGAAAAGAUUCCACCAGGCUGGUUUGAGUCUACGGAAAGUAAAUAGACAUGUGGAUUUCCCACUAAUUUUAGACUUAGCACCAUUUUGUUCUGCUUCCUGCAAGAACAUUACAGAUGGAGCAAGAGUUCUGUACACUCUUUAUGGAAUAGUGGAGCACAGUGGCUCAAUGCGAGGAGGUCACUAUGCGGCAUAUGUGAAAGUCAGAACACCUUGCAAGAAAUUAUUGGAGCAUAUUGCUAGCAAUAGAAAUAUUCAAGGUUUAAAGGAAGCUGUGGGAGCAUCAGCGGGACAGUGGGUGUAUGUUAGUGAUGUCCACGUACAGAUGGUUCCAGAAUCAAGAGUACUAAAUUCACAAGCUUAUCUGCUGUUUUAUGAAAGAAUAUUGUAAGAGUGUUUACCAGUUUAAUUUGAAAAAUGGUAAUGGUUAUUUGGUCUAUCUUACUUAAAUGCUGCAGUGGUUGCAGUACCUGUAAAUGUUGUGCCUUAAUCUGCCCUUUAAUAGAAAACAUACCAUACUUUGACCCUGAACUUCAAUCAAGCUGAUUAUCAAUACCCCAACAUUAGCUUUAAAAUGUGCAUUUUGCCAAACAUUAAAAUUCCUGAACUCCCUGUAUCAGCGAGAGAGUGAGUAAAUGACACAAAGGAUGGAAUCCUGGCCCUGUUGAAGUCAAUGGAGUUUUGCCAUUGAAUUCAGUGGAGCCACAAUCUCACCCAUGAUUUUAAACCAGUUAAGAAUGAAAAUGAUGUUGGUAAUGUUAAGUGGCUGGAUUCCCAAUGGACAGUAGUGAUGCAAAAUUACGCGUCUUCAGUGGGAUUUAGUUCAGAUCAUACAAAUUGCUGGGUUAGAUAUUUUGUCUUAAGAUUUCUACACACAAAUGUGCAUCAUGGUAUAUUUCCAGACUUCUUAUCUGGAAAACAGUGAGUCCAGAACGGAAUGAUGUCAUUGGACAACAUUGAUUGGCUAAUUCUGCAGUGUAAUUUCCUGAUGUACUACUGGGAAAACUGAAAAAUAUAGCAUCUACCAGUUCAUGCUUCCUGAUGGCAAAUAGAAUAUGUAAGGUUUGUAUUCUCUCAAAAAUCCAAUUAGGUUUGAUACACUUGCUCUGAGCUGUCUCUCGAUGGCAUUAUUAUAGGAAUUUUCUACCCUCUUAGUACCUGUGGAAUAACUAUGCUUUAUGUCUGUCAUUUGUAAGUCUGCUGAUUUAAUAUAUAGCCAUCGUAUUUAUUCAGGAAUAAGAGAGCAUUACAAAUAGUUCUGUAUUUUAGUAAAAACUCAAAACUGCUAUAUAUUGGUUAUGAUUACACAUGUACAGUAUAUAGUGAGCUUGUGUGUAUAUAUACAGUUAUUCAAGCACAACUGGGUAAUUCUGUUACUAAUUAUUGGUUCUAAAAACAAAUUUGUUCAUCUGUUGCUGAUUACUUUCUCACGGAAGGAAUAAAUGACAAAUUAUUUUUUCAGUGUGUGAGAGUUGGACAGUAGAUGACAAAUUCUGCCCUCAGAUAGGUACAAGCAACUCCCUUUGAAGUCAGUGAAGAGGGUGAGGAUGUCCACUGGCAGAAUUUGUCCCUAAUACUCUGGCUGUUUAGGGUAUUAUGUCUGCCAUAAUGUCAGCACUUAUUUUUCUUGGCAGACCCCUUGUUUCUGUCCCAAAUGUAAUAGACAGUAAUUUCUGUCAGUCUUCAGCCUUAUAAUUAAACUGGUUAUUUUAAUUUUUAGGUCGUCUGAUAAUUUAUUGAAGUUAGCUAACUCAUAACUAGUUUCUGUUUGGCUUGCAACCCAUCCAUCACAACUACCGAUUUAUUUGGUAAAUAAAAUGCUUUGUGUUUGUUUCUGUUUGUUGUUUCAACAGAAGAAACAUUUAGUUUCAUGGUGAAAAUUAAUUGCCAGUACUCCUCACCACAGCAUUCCCUACUGCAGAACUCUUAACGUCCAGUGCUGCAAUUAAAGCCGCCUGCAGCUUACGGGUAGCCAAAUCCCACCUCUUACUCCAGGGAUUCAAGGCUUGAAAAGCAGUAGGAGCUCCCAGAGUUACCUACCUCAGAGGUAAGGAGCAGAGGCCGCAAGGGGGACUCCAUAUUCCACAUGCUGCAACACAGUGUUCAUGGCAACACACAUUGUCAUGUUGAUCCACCUGGCAAAACUCCGAUGUGGGAGGGCAGGCAUAAAUGUCUUGGAGCCCAUGAGCUGCAUAGAAGAUACAGAGGAGCUAAUGGCUAGUUGGAGCUAGUUGGCCAUACAGCCUUUGUUUAGAAGAAGUUGAGGUUACAGAAGGGUUAGCUAAUGUAUGUUGGCUAACCCAGACAUUUCCCGCAGAGUAGAUUCAAAUUAAUGCCUCUUACUUCAGUUUAGCUGGUCUCGAUCAACCCUUGUGGGAGCCUAAGGGUCAACCUCAACCACCUAAGUAAGGUAAAAAGUCUUGACCUUAGUCUACACUAGGAAAAAGGUCAUGGGGAGGUUGGAGUUAACUAAUACAUUAGUUCCCUUGACCUCCUUUCCUAAUCUAGAUAAAGCCACACAGGGUGCAGAGAGGUGUUCUUUUCUCUCUCUUUUUUUUUUUUUUUUUUUCUUCUUCUUCUUCUGUUUCUACAUAGUUGGUUGAAACCCAUACAAUUAAUGUGGAUGGGACUCCCAACAAACAAAACAUGUCAUUUGAAUGCUGAUAGAGAAGUUUCACCACUGUGAUGGCAUCUGCUCCACAGAACACCAAUGGUCCAGUAUUAGAACCACUGAAUUUGCAUACAUAAAUCUCUGUUAAGCCUAGCACUACUUUGUGGGAUGCAAGACUGAAGGAUCCAACUAGAGAUUUUCUUGGCCCCACUCGGCUCCAAGGAGAUCACUUUGCAUGAGGUAAUGGAGUCUUCACAGAGCUGGCCUCUGCUCCUCGCCAAUCAGUUUGCACCCACUGUGUGGCCUGCCUAAAUUCUGCCCCCCAGGCAAUAGAAAUGCCUGGGUUCUGCUGCCAGGGAUCCUGCUGUAGCCAUGGAAGAAGAGGGACAACUUGCCCAUUAGGGCCCAGGCACACAUUUCCUUGCUUUUGUGCUGUAUAGGCUUGUCAGCAAGAAAGAUGCAAAAAAAUUAAGUGAAAUGAUGUGAAAACAGAAGCUAACCCUAAUAUUAUUAGUACAUAUAUCCAAGAUGCUUAUUACUGUCCCUGCUGGAGUUCUGUUAUUGGCAGAAAAAGCUACAUGAGCUAAAACACAAAAAACACUGGCAGUGUGUGGCAGAAGCUACAGCAAAUAUGGAGCAAAAAUUAAUUUGAAACUUCAGAAAACAAACUCUGCAAUGGAUUUAUAGCUUUAUAUGGAGAAUUAUUUUGGUUGAAAAUGAGAGAGUGAUGCCUGAAAGUACAGACUUCAAGCCUUAUGUCUCCUUCAAUAACUUUUUAACUACCGUACUUAGGGCAAUAGUUUUCCCACAGUAAACCUUACUCUGUUUCUUACUCUGAACAAACAAAAAUCUGUUAAUAGCUCCAAAGCUACACACAUUCUGCAUGAGGAAUUGAGAGAGAAGAUGACACAAGACUUCCAAAGGUUCUAUUGACAUAGUAUCUGAUACUUGCUAAGAUUUGAAACGUUUUUCUAAGGGCAUUUUUUCAGAUACACUGGACAAUCUUGGAGCUAUUAGGUUCCUCCAGCUGUCUCAGGAUUCUGUGUGCGUUCUGUUGCAUGUUAGGCUAGUGUGAAAAUGCUGCCUUUUCCUACCUACCACUACUCUUUGUGCUGUAUCAUGAGGUUGCAACUGAUGCAUUUUCAAAGCCCCCAAAGAUUCAGCAUUUGGAUAAGCAUCCUAUAAUAGAGAUGCUUUUCCAGGUGUGCUAGAACAAUUUUUAUAGUGGGGGUGCUGAAGGCGGAAACCAUAUAUUUGGGUUGUUAUUACUACUUCAAACCAGCAGGUGUGGCUGCACCCCUAGUUCCAGGACCUAUGUACUUUUCCAAAAUAAUGGAGUCUCCCUCUGGGGCCUAUGGCCCUCAUGCAUGUAACCAGACUUUCAAGGGUAGAUCAUAACUAUGCCUUACUGUUAUACUUUUGCAGAGACAAGAAGUAAUAUAGCCUGCUACUGCUCCUGGAGUUGUCAGGGGCCGGAUUCUUCUGCAAUCUUUGUAGGGGGACAGUCCUCUUCUAUCUGUCCCAUCUUACCCUUUCCCAUCCCUCCUUGUGAUGUCUCCUUCCCCUCUCACUCUGACACCAAUGUUUCCCUUCCUUACCCUACCCCUACUUUUGGUUAUCCCUGCGGUUCUCCCAGCCUCUGGAAUUUGUAUAGAUUAGCCCUCUUCCACCUUAAUUGAAUUGGCUCGUUAGCACUGACACCCCCACUUGGUAAGGCAACUCCCAUCUUUUUGUGCUGUGUAUUUAUACUUGCCUACUGAAUUUUUCACUCCAUGCAUCUGAUGAAGUGGGUUUUAGCCCACAAAAGCUUAUGCCCAAAUAAAUUUGUUAGUCUCUAAAGUGCCACAAGCACUCCUUGUUGUUUUUGCUGAUACAGACUAACCCGGCUACCACUCUGAAACCUGGAAUUUGUCUGUCAUUCUUUUUUAUCUCUUCUCACUACCAUCCAAAUUGAUCUACUGGAGCCGUUGGUAGGGUGCUCAACUUACAGUCCUGCUACUCAUAUUGCCUUUCUGUGGAAUGCAAUAUGGUUUACAGAAAGGCCUGAGAAGAUAGAGAGGCAAGUAAUGGCCGCUGAACAACCCUUGGAGCAGCUCCUCUGCUGGUCAGCUGCAGGAACUUGAUGGUGUGGAGGAAUCCCUGCAUUUGGGACAGGCAAAAACUUCUGCCCAAAAUGGGACUUUGGCAGGUGUGAUAGUGUGUGCAUGGUAACUAUCCCUGUUUAGACGGUAUAUCCCUAUAUUUUGCAAAAAAUUGGUUACCACUGGCUACCUCCAGAAUUUUUAAUCCUGUUUUUUUUUUAAUGGAGUAAACCUAUUUUUUCUUCCCAAACGACCCUGUUUGUGGAUUUCAAAUGUUGGCAAGUAUGACAAUAGUUUAUGAAGUCAUCAGAAGUUUGAGAUGUCUUGUAUAUUUUUGUCACCAUUUUCUUCUCCUAUGGACUUUUAUAUUAAAAUAAUACUACAAACUGAAAAUUUAAAUGCAAAAGAGGUUAAUGUGCCUAUGUCUACUAGAUAAAACAGGAACUCUAACUGUUCAAAUACGGUUUUAAACAGAAACUAAGCUGUUGAAACUAUAAGAACUUCCUUCUGAAGAGGUAGGUAAUCCAAGCUGGAAUGAGGUGUAGAGGAUGGGGAGGCAGAUGGAGGAGACUUACAGCAAAUGUAAAGAUUAGAAAGCAGGUGUUUGGAUAUUUAACAGUUUACCACACAGUUGUGCAAUGGUCUCAUGAAAUAGCAUUUUGUUGAUACAUCCAUAACUGUGAAAUACAUUUUUCACCAGCUGGCAGUGGAUUUCUAGCCAAGCUUCUUACAUAUCCAAGUUUGUACAUAGUUUUACAAAUCUAUACAAAAGGGACAACAUCAAGUUGUAAUCUAAACAGUUUUUAAGAUGUGGUUAAGUAGUUUGUUACUGCAUCUGAUUCUCCCUGUCUAUUUUUGAGGUUUUGCAAUGACAUUUUGACAAAUUUUAAAUUUUUUUUCUUUCCCCUGUUGCUGUGUAAAAUACUCAUGCAAACAAUGGGAAACUGAAACUGCUGUUAAGUGCACAAAGUAAACAAACAAAAUUAUCUAUUUUUUUUUCAAUUAUAGUAAUUUUACGUGGCAAUUGUUACAAUAGUAGGUAAGACCAUGUUCAGAAAGCUGUGUAAUUUUUAAAUUGAUGGUAUCCCUGUAAGAGCAAUUAUUUUCUUUCCACAAUAUUUUCCAAAAAAAACUAAGCAGAAUUUACUGUUUUCAUGCAGUAAAUGAGCCUAAUUAUAACUGUAUUUUUACACAUGCAAUGAAAACUUGUAUAUAAAAUGUCAAUGGAAAUAUAAGUAUUUAUAAUAGAACAGAAAUACAAUAAUAUAUUUUAAUUAAUAAUGUUUCUUCUAUUUAUUGCAACUUCAUAUUUUUAUUCCAUAAUGUUUGUAAUAGAAAAUAUUCUUUAGUAAUAUUGUUUUUUAAAGAAAAUAGAAAAUUACUGCACAUACUGUUUAUGAAAACAUUUAUUUUGAUUACAUUUAUUUAUGGAGACUCUUACAUGAAAUCAUAAUGCGUAUUUAUAACCCCAUUGUUUAUAGUUGUAUUAAACUCUGGUUUCUGAACUGUGUAACCUGAAAAUGCAAUGAGCUCUAUGUGCUACUCCUGGGGGAAUUCUGUGCCACUGUGCAUGCGCAGAAUUUGUAUCCCCCGCAGAUUUGUUUCCCAGCAGAAAAAUGUCUUUCUGAUGGGGAAGCAAAGGGAAGCCAGAAGAGCGGUCAUGCAAUCCUCCCCAGAAGUAUGUUUUGGGUGCCCAGGGCAGCUGGCAGAGAGGUAAAGGGGCCAGGACUGGGACAGGGCCAGGACUGGGGAAGACCCAGCAGGUGGCUCCUACCCUGCCCAGGCUCAGAUGCUAAUCCUGACUGAGCUGGGGAGGAUGGGACUUCAUCUUCCCCCAGCACAGCAUCCGGGGCAGACCUACCCCCAAUUUUUUCCCCCCAGCUGCAGGAAGCUCUGCAAACUCCCUCCUCCCCCUCCCUUGCACUUCCUGCACCCAUCACUCCUCAGCUGCAGGGGGAAGAAUCCCUGUACAGGGAGCUGCUUCCCUCAUUUGCCCAACCCCAUGCAUCCAGACCCCCUCAUACCCAGAUCCUCCUGCCAAGCCUCACCCCAUCCUACUGAGUCCCAACCAGCUGCACCAGGAUCCCCACCCCACUGAGCUCCACUCCCCUAGCAUCUGGACCCCCCCCCCGCGCUGAGCCCCAACUACCUUCACCGGGACCCCCCGCAGAGUCCCAUUACUGUUGCACCCAGAACCCUCCAACAAGCCGCUGUGCAUCCAGAUCCCUUACUGAAUUGCCCGCACCCACGUUGCCUCGCACAGAACCAUCUCAGCUCACACCUGGAUCCCCUCCACACUUGGUUCCUGCCUUGCUGAGCCUGCCUGGUGCACCUGGCAUGGAGGGGCAGGGCCAUGGGGUGUUUCUGGGGCAGGCGCAGUCCUUGCACUGGGUCAGGAUUGGGUGCAGCCUCACUGAGUCCGUGUCCCGGGUGGGGAGCUGUACAGUGAUCUCCCACCUCUGUGCAGCCAGUGGCCUGUGCUCCCCAAUACCAUGGUAGCGCCUCCACAUUUAUUUGGCAAAUAAAAUUUGCAGAAUUUUAAAAUAUUGUGUGAAGAAUUUUUAAUUUUUUGGUGCAGAAUGCCCUCAGGAGCAACGUGCAGUCAGACCUUGUACCUAUGCGGAGCUCAUUACAGCAUUGGAACAUUAAUUUCCUAAUUAACUAUUCUGCAAAGUAAGGUUCAAUCCUACAAACACUUAUGCAUGGGAAUAGCCCAAUUACAUUCAAAUUACUCAUCCCUGUAAGUGCUUGCAGGAUCAUGGUGCUAAGCAAUCAAAAACCUGUGACGUACUAAUUUAAAUAUUUGCAAUAAAUAGGAAAUAAAUCAAAUGUGUAUUUAAAUGCUGAUUGUUAUUCCUUCUUCCUUCUUUUCACCUUUUUGGCUCAAUACCAAUACUCUUAUCAAUAUCAAUACUCUUACUCUUGCAUCUAUCAAAUAUUUCUAUGGACAAAGGGGUUAAUUUUAGAUGUAUAUCACAAUGUUGGAAUGCUUCUUUCUUUUGAGAUUUUCUUUGUAGACUGACAAUCCCAAAUCUUAUUGCUAAAGAAAAUAGGGACUUAACUUCAGGCUGGACAUUAAAAAACAGUAUUUACAUUUCACUUUUUUUUACAAACACUUCUGUCUGUUUUGAUACUGGCAAUAUCUUAAGUACCUUAACAAUGUAAAUUUUUUUACAGAAUAAAGAUACCACUUGUUUCAUAUC